AUGAAAAAGAAAAGAUAAUUAUCUUCAGAUGAUUAAUAAAAUAUUAAGAAACAACCUAAUGUAUAUGAAGAUUUAGAAAAUACAUAAAGUAAUGUUACUGAUCAAAUUAUCAGAAUGAAGUUUAGAGAAGCAGAAGAAUAUGAAAUUUAAUAAUUUAUAACAUCGCAUAAUGAAUAAAAGUUUCUAAUGAUUACUGGGUAACCUGGAUGUGGAAAAACUAUGCUCUUAACUAAAUGUAUUAAAUAAUGGUAAAAUACUUACACGACUAUUUAUAUAAAUGCAAUGUAAUGUAAAAAUUAUACAGAAUUUUUAAACAUUUCUAAAAAGUAAAUGAAUAUUAAGAAUUCCAAUAAUAAACAAUAAAUUCGUAAUAUCAUUAUGGAUAAACUUAAAGAUUUAAAUGCGUAAGAUUUAUACAAUAAUUAUUUAGUAUUAUCAUAGUUGAUGAGUUUGAUAAUUUGUUUAAAGUAAGUGAAAAAGAAGCCUUUGAUUUAUUCUCUUUAUCUAAACAUGCUAUUAUUAUAGGAAUCAGCAAUGAUAUAGAGUUUCUAUAAACUUAAUCUGUGAGAUACAAAUUUUAGCUCCCUUAAUUUAAAAAUUUAAUUCUUAAACCCUAUACAAUUUAGUAAUUAUAAGAAUUAGUUAUUGAUAAUUUAAAAUAACUGGAUAUAUUGUAAUUAUUUUAUCUUUAUAUAGAAAAUAUGAUGAAAAUGCAAUAAAAUUACUUACAACUAGAGCCUAUAAUGAUAAUGGAGGUGAUAUGAGAAAUGUAAAAGAUAUUGUUAAAAGAAUUUUGAGAGAUAGAAAUGAAAUGACAACAGAGGCUGUCAAUUAAGAAGUAGGUAUAAGUAUAAAUGAUAACAAAAUGAAAAGUGUUGUCACCAAUUUAUCUUUACAUUAGAAAAUAAUACUCUUAGGAAUUACUGCAUUAUUAAAAAAAGAUUCGGUUCAACUUGAAAUAGAUUUAUAAGAUCUUAUCAGGAAAGUGAAUGAAAUUAAAUACAAACUCAGUUUACCUUUAAGUGUAGACGUAGAAGAGGAACUUAAUUUAUUAAAAGAUUAUAACCUACUUACUACUAAAGAAGUUAAACAAUAAAAAAUGGGCUUUAAAAUUAUUGUUAAAAAAAUACAAUCCAAAUUCACAGCUGAAGAAUUGAAAUAUUAAUUAUCUGAUCAAGAUGCAUUUUAAAACAUUUUACAAUAACUAUGA